UCUGUUUCUUUAGGCCUCCUGCGUCCAGUACCGCCUGGUGGUCCGGGAGGUGCGCAGCCUUCAGGUCGUCCACCUGUACACAUGCCUGGACCAGAUCCAGCACGUCGAGUGGUCGGCCGACUCCCUCUUCAUCCUGUGCGCCAUGUACAAGCGGGGGCUGGUGCAGGUGUGGUCGCUGGAGCAGCCCGAGUGGCACUGCAGGAUCGACGAGGGCUCCGCGGGGCUGGUGGCUUCCUGCUGGAGCCCCGAUGGGCGCCACAUCCUCAACACCACCGAGUUCCACCUGCGGAUCACUGUCUGGUCCUUGUGCACGAAAUCCGUCUCUUACAUCAAGUACCCGAAGGCCUGCCAGCAGGGAAUCGCCUUCUCACGGGAUGGCCGCUACCUGGCCGUGGCCGAGCGGCGGGACUGCAAGGACUACGUCAGCAUCUUCGUCUGCAGCAACUGGCAGCUGCUGCGGCACUUUGACACGGACACGCAGGACCUCGCCGGCAUCGAGUGGGCGCCCAACGGCUGUGUGCUGGCGGUGUGGGACACCUGUCUGGAGUAUAAGGUCCUGCUCUACUCCCUGGAUGGCCGGCUGCUGGCCGCGUACUGUGCUUACGAGUGGUCCCUGGGCAUCAAGUCGGUGGCCUGGAGCCCCAGCAGUCAGUUCCUGGCCGUCGGGAGCUACGACGGGAAGGUGCGCAUCCUCAAUCACGUGACCUGGAAGAUGCUCACGGAGUUCGGGCACCCUGCAGCCGUCGGCGACCCCAGAGUGGUGGUGUAUAAGGAAGCCGAGAAGAGCCCAAGGGGGUUGCUGGGCCGCCCCACCUGCCCGCCACCCAGGGCUGCCGAGAGCAAGUAUGAGAUCGCCGCGGUGCCAGCGACCCUGCAGACUCUGAAACCCGCUGCCGACAGAGCAAACCCGAAGAUCGGCAUAGGUGCCCUGGCCUUCAGCCCCGACAGCUACUUCCUGGCCACGAGGAACGACAACGUCCCGAACGCUGUGUGGGUCUGGGACAUACAGAAGCUGCGGCUGUUCGUGGUGCUCGAGCAGCUGUUCCCCGUGCGCUCCUUCCAGUGGGACCCACAGCAGCCCCGGCUGGCCAUCUGCUCAGGAGGCAGCAAGGUGUACCUGUGGUCGCCGGCGGGCUGCGUGUCCGUGCAGGUGCCUGGGGAAGGUGACUUCCAGGUGCUCGCUCUCUGCUGGCAUUUAAGUGGGGACUCGCUGGCCCUCCUCAGCAAGGACCACUUCUGCCUGUGCUUCUUGGAGACGGAGGACGGGGACACCGCCCGUGGGAAGCUGGGCAGCCACACAUAGGACUGUGCACGGGCGGCCACGGGAAGCGGAGGCAGGUGCAGGCGUGCCGGCCGUGGGAGAGGAGCUUCUCCGGGGCAGCUCCAACCACGGUGGUCCACGUGAGACAAUUUGCUGUUACUUUUCUAUAGCAAGACGUUCUUGUAAAUAUGUAUGGUGUAAAACUAAUUUUUGUUAUUUAAAUAUUCACUAAUUCA